AUGAGAGAUUUACCUUCGUUGUGUUUAGAAAAGAUUUUCUGGGCGAUAUAUAACGAGGAUGUGAUGGAUGACGACCCGAUUAGCACGAUGAAAUAUAUAAGGAAUUCAUUGUUUAAUUGUUUGUUGGUUAAUCGACAUUUUUGCAGGCACGUGAUUCCAAUACUAUGGCGAAACACGUUCAAUUGGCAUUUACCUUCCGCUAAAUUGGUCAUAUCAUAUCUUUGCUUUCUUUCACCUAAAGCGAGAUCUUUCCUUUCACAACGACUUGACAUUGAUGUGAGAGGUUUAUUGGACUAUUGUGGUAAAAAGACCCCCUUCUUCAAUUACGCAUCUUACUUGAGAGAAUUAGAAUAUCGUAGCGUAUUGAAAAGUGUACAAGAAUUAUGGCCUGAAAAUCACAACACAUUAUUCAAGUUGGGAAGCGUUGAUUAUCAGUUGUUGAUGGUUGAAGAAUUGUGUAAAAUGUUUUUGUCUCAAUGCCCCGCAUUGAUCAGAUUAGAUUUGGCAACUGAUUCGAAAUUUCAAAAUCAUUUUAAGUUCACUCCAAUCCCAUUACAUCCUCUCGCGAAUCCUUGUUUGUGUAAAUUACGAGAAUUUAAAUUCGGUAAACAUCCUGAUCAACUAAAAGUAAUCAACACGUUAUCAAAGCUUUGUCAUAACAUUGAAAUCAUACAAUUGAGCAUUUUUAAUCAUCAUGAUCCUACUUUACAAUUCGAUUGGUCACUUUACGAGGGGAUUCAUAGACUUAUAAUGUCUCAAUGGUAUUUAAAAGAAUUCAUUUGUUCUUUUGCUCAAAAGGGUUUCUUGUCCGUCAUCGGUCCCGCUCUCUUGACAAAAUCAUCAACUUUACGAGACGUUACCUUUCAUGAAUGUGACCUUCUCGAAAAUGAUCAUCCUUUUGACGCUUUGAUUGAUCGUUGUAAUCUUUCAUCAUUGACCUUGAUCGAUUGUAAAAAUCUUCAAGGUUCUCACUUUUCCCCUUUAACUCAUUCGAUCGAUCAUAAAUCUUUUUUUAUAAAAAAAGCAUUACCCUUAAGUUUAAAUAUCGCAUUUAAUAGUCCAUUACAAUGUACAUACAUCAAAUCCAUUUUACCACCGAAUAAUUUAUGUUUAACGAGACUUUUACUCAACGAUAUAAUACAACAACCAUGUUCACUCAUCGAUCACGUAACGGUGUAUUGUCCUAAUUUAAUCCAUUUUAGGGCAAACAUAUCGGCUUGCAUUUUACCUCAACUACCUAAAUUUUUCAAAUCAUUAAACAAAUUAGAAAUCAUUGAAUUAAAUAAUGAAAAAGUAUUUUACGAAAAUUUGAUACCUACUUUAAUCUCAAAUGAGUUGGCGAUAGAAAUUUCCGAAUCCAUACCAAACUCUUUAUAUAAUUUCACCUUUUUAUUGAUGGCAGUAUUCACGAGUCAAAGUCUUUCAUUAUUUCUUGAACGAUUGGAUGAAAGACCCAACUUGGGAACUAAGGGUACAAAAGUAGUACUUCGGGCUAAUUAUAUUAAUGUUACAAAGCUGGUUCGAUAUAAUUUUGAAAGUCUUUCACCUCGUGGUAGGAAACCGAGUAAAACGGUCCGAGGAAAGAUUUUUAUGGAAAUGAUGAAGCAAAAAUUAUUUGGCAAUUGUUUGCCGGUUUAUGAUGGAAAUGACUUGAUAUAUUGUUCAACUACAUUACCAAUGGGAAACGGCAAAGAGGAUAGUGUUUUAGAAGUCGUUCUUCCACCUAGUGAAGAUAAUAAUAACAGACCUACAAAAUUCGAAGUAAAAAUUAAAAGUGCCAAAGAGAUUAAUUUACGAUCCUUACAGGACUAUAUUGGUUCGGGGAAAGAACCAGAUGUUUCGGAUGAUGAUAUUCAAACUUGUAUGAAUGCGCUUAAUACUUACUUAAAUUUCAAAGUCCGCAGUGUUUAUUUAUCGGUUGGAAGAGGAAUAUAUCCUCCUGUGACGGAUGUACAAAGGAUUCUUUUGGGUACUGGUGAGGAAUUAAAAAAAGGAUUCUGUCAAUCUUUGAGGAUAGGCUGGGAUCGUCUCCUUGUGAAUGUCGACACGAGUUUUGGCAUUUUUUAUCCGCCUGGAAAUGUCAUGGACGUUAUUGCAGGCUUCUUAUGGUGUGACAAAAAUGAUUUGAGGAACGGGAUCAAAGAGCAGCAUAGGGAUCAUUUAAAUAAGAUAUUGAAAGGAGUUAAAAUUUACGUCUUGCAUCGUGGUGAUAAGAAAAGAAAAUAUACUAUUAAUGGCUUAACGACUACUUCAGCAGACAGAACUACAUUUAAGAUUGAUGAUAAAGAUAUUUCAGUUACUAAAUACUUCCUAGAUACAUAUAAAAAAAGGCUUGAAUUUGGAAAACUUCCUUGUAUUGUUGAUGCAAAAAAUUGUUAUCUUCCUUUAGAGGUCUGCGAGAUAAUACCAGGACGUGUUCUUCCUAGUGUGUCAAUGACUUUUCAUAAAAGUAGUAGUCCCGCAGUUCAAUUUAUAGAAGGGGGACGUUGGAAUCUCGUGAAACGAAAAGUUCUUGAUGGCCAGACAUUAUUUAAUUGGUCAGUGUUAGUGUUGUCCGGAGAUAAUACGAACGUUGUUGGAGCAUUUAUGCGACAAUUACGCGAAGUUUUAAACGAGAAGGGGAUGAAUAUUGCGAAUGAUCCACAAAUAGUAACCUGGGGUCAUCAGAGAAAUAUUAAAGAGGGAUUAAUUCAGGCUAUUAAAGUUAGAAAGGAUCAACAAAAAGGACCUCAAUUGAUUAUAGUCAUAAUGAAAGAACGGUCUCCAUUAUAUGGUGAAAUAAAACGCGCUGGAGAAAAUGAUUUGGGUGUGCGUACUCAAUGCAUGUUGGCAAAGCAUCUGAGAAAGCGUUCGAACGAGCAAUUUUGUGUAAAUCUCGGCUUAAAAAUAAACGCCAAACUUGGAGGUAGAAACUUUACCCUAACGCCUGGACAGAUGAACUUUAUUUCUUCGGCACCGACAAUGGUAUUCGGCGCGGAUGUUUUCCAUUCAGGUAAAGGAGAAUUUCAUAUACCUAGCAUCGCUGCCGUUUGUGCCUCCAUGGAUGCCAAUGCCACAAUUUAUAGUGGUCGACAUAGUAUGCAAAAUGAACCACGUAAUGAGACUAUUGAGAAUAUGGAAGGAAUGGUUGUUGAUCUAUUAAAAGCUUUCCAAGCUAAAAAUAAAUGUCUCCCGAAGAGAAUUUUAUUUUAUCGUGAUGGAGUUAGCGAGGGACAAUUUAAAAAAGUCAUAGAAUUAGAAGUGGAAGGAGCGUUGAAACGAGCCUUUAAAAGAGGAUAUGGCAAUAACCCACCAAAAUUGACUUUUAUUAUCGUACAAAAAAGACAUCACACAAAGAUUCAACCAGAAUCGCCACGUGAUGGAGAUCGUAACGGUAAUUGCAAACCAGGGACCGUUGUUGAUACGGGGAUUGUUGCAAGACAUGAAUUUGAUUUUUUCCUACAAUCUCAUGCCACCAUUCAAGGGACGGGUCGUUCAGCUCAUUAUCGUGUGUUAAGAGACGACAACGGGUUUGGUGCUGAUGAUUUGCAAUUGUUAACGAAUAACCUAUGUUAUUUAAAUGCAAGAUGCACAUCGGCCAUAUCAAUAGUAACACCCGCAUUCUAUGCACAUUUAAUUGCAAAUCGCGCGAGACAAUAUCUUACUUGGGAUGGAUCAUCAAUUGAAGAAAAACCUAGUUGUCCACCGAAUAUCAAAAGUAAUAUUGAUAAUGUGCAAAUUGAUAUUAAUAAUAUAUCUAUUCAUGAUAACUUUAAUAAUAUUGACCUUCCUAAUGUUAAUAAUGAUGCUGAUAAUUUUUCUGUUUAUGAUAAACUAGUAAAAAAUGAUGAAGUUGUAAAUAUUGUAAAAAAAUUUCAAGAAAUAGCAAAAAAAUAUUAUCAAGAAAAUACCUCUCAUAAAAUACAUAGACUAUGUUAUAUUGGUAACUCAAACUACACUAAAAAAGAAAACAAUAGCAACAACAUGAAUCAGCAAAGAGGACUCUUAUAUUAG